AUGUCCGCCACCAAGCCCAUCGUCUUGUAUGGUCACAUCAUGAUUCUCAGAGAACUUGAGAUUCCGUACGAGAUGAUCAAGGUGGAAUUCACGGACGUCAAAAAGGAACCCUUCACGACAGUCAACCCCAACGGCCGCCUCCCCGCCAUCACAGACCCGAACACAGGCAUCACCCUAUGGGAGUCGGGCGCCAUCAUCGAAUACCUCGUCGAGACGUACGACACCGAGAACAGGCUGUCCUACACUUCGUUCCCCGAGAAGUUUCAUCUGAAGCAGUUCCUGGCGUUCCAAAUGUCCGGACAGGGCCCCUAUUUUGGCCAGCUCGGGUGGUUCAAAAUGUUCCAUCCGGAAGACGUCCCGAGCGCCAAGGAGAGAUACGAGGAGCAGACUGUGCGCGUGCUGUCCGUCCUCGACCGCGUGCUCAAGGGGAGAGAGUAUCUCGUCGGCGACAAGGCCACCUACGUCGACAUCGCCUUCAUGCCCUGGGAUUAUAUGGCCCGCCGCAUGCUCGAUACUGCGUGGAACGACAAGUUCGCCGUCGACAAAGAGUACCCCGACUACGCGGCCUGGGCGGAGAGGAUCAGGUCCCGGCCCGCCGUCGAGAAGACGCUUGCGGCGAUGAAGUCGGAGAGGGCCAAGGAGGAGAGCAGCGACUAG